UUAUAAAAUAAUGAUAUUUUGCAAUUUAGUGCUGAUGGCAAUUAUGAGGUGACAAUAAUGACAAAAGCAAUAAUUCAUGAGUCUGGAAAAGUAGUUUGGAAUCCACCGGCAAUUUAUAAAAGUUCAUGUAAUAUAGAUAUAAAUUACUUCCCAUUUGAUCAGCAGGUGAUUGAUGAUCACAGGUACGAUGGCUAUACGGUUGAUUUAAAACAUAAACACCAAUCUGAUGACAGUCCAGAGAUUGAGAUGGGAAUGGAUUUAUCGGCUUUUUAUUUGAGUGUCGAGUGGGAUAUUAUGGCAGUUCCGGCCAAACGAAAGGAAAAAUUUUAUAGCUGUUGUGAAGAACCCUAUCCUGACAUCACAUUCAACAUAACACUUCGGAGGAAGACUUUAUUCUAUACGGUAAACCUGAUCAUCCCAUGUGUGGCCAUUUCCUUCCUAUCAAUUGUGGUCUUUUACUUGCCGUCAGACAGCGGAGAGAAAGUGAGUCUUUCCAUAUCCAUAAUGCUAUCGUUGGGCGUAUUCUUCUUAUUGUUGGCCGAAAUCAUUCCGCCCACGAGUCUUGCGGUGCCACUGCUAGGGAAGUACUUGCUAUUCACAAUGAUCCUGGUCACAUUCUCUGUGGUCGUCACCAUUGCUGUGCUUAAUGUUAAUUUUCGGUCGCCGGCCACGCACCGAAUGGCGCCGUGGGUUAAGACAGUCUUCUUGAGAGCAUUGCCGCGACUCUUAUGUAUGCAAAGACCUAAACCAGAGUCAGACGAACCAGAAGAAGACCGGAACUAUAUCUACAGUAACGGCAAGAAUGAGCCACAGAUGAGAGGCUCUCCUUCUGAUAUGGGAUUACCAGAGAAGCCAAUGAUGUUAAACAAGAUGGGAGUCAUGAGACUCAGCUCUAACUCACUUAAUGCUUUCAAUGACUUCCCUCCGCCGCCACCGCCCGACAAACUCAACAUCUCUUCCACGAAGACUUUGCUCACCACAGGGGGUGACAAAUGUAUGGAUCGCAUGAAUCCAUCCCUUCCUACUUAUGAUACAGAAUGCGAUCCAUUUGUGACGGAUGGAGAGCCAGUCAGUCCAUUACCUCCCGGAUCGGUAACCGAUGAGACAGAAACCAUGAGACGGAAGUUAUGCCCAGAGAUGGAAAGGGCUGCUCUGGGGGUCCGCUUCAUGGCUCAACACAACACCAAUCUCGACAAUUAUCUUGAAGACCACUAUUUCAGUAUUCUUACAGAUAGAGCACACACACUCACAUUCAACAUAACACUUCGGAGGAAGACUUUAUUCUAUACGGUAAACCUGAUCAUCCCAUGUGUGGCCAUUUCCUUCCUAUCAAUUGUGGUCUUUUACUUGCCGUCAGACAGCGGAGAGAAAGUGAGUCUUUCCAUAUCCAUAAUGCUAUCAUUGGGCGUAUUCUUCUUAUUGUUGGCCGAAAUCAUUCCGCCCACGAGUCUUGCGGUCCCACUGCUAGGGAAGUACUUGCUAUUCACAAUGAUCCUGGUCACAUUCUCUGUGGUCGUCACCAUUGCUGUGCUUAAUGUUAAUUUUCGGUCGCCGGCCACGCACCGAAUGGCGCCGUGGGUUAAGACAGUCUUCUUGAGAGCAUUGCCGCGACUCUUAUGUAUGCAAAGACCUAAACCAGAGUCAGACGAACCAGAAGAAGACCGGAACUAUAUCUACAGUAACGGCAAGAAUGAGCCACAGAUGAGAGGCUCUCCUUCUGAUAUGGGAUUACCAGAGAAACCAAUGAUGGGAGUCAUGAGACUCAGCUCUAACUCACUUAAUGCUUUCAAUGACUUCCCUCCGCCGCCACCGCCCGACAAACUCAACAUCUCUUCCACGAAGACUUUGCUCACCACAGGGGGUGACAAAUGUAUGGAUCGCAUGAAUCCAUCCCUUCCUACUUAUGAUACAGAAUGCGAUCCAUUUGUGACGGAUGGAGAGCCAGUCAGUCCAUUACCUCCCGGAUCGGUAACCGAUGAGACAGAAACCAUGAGACGGAAGUUAUGCCCAGAGAUGGAAAGGGCUGCUCUGGGGGUCCGCUUCAUGGCUCAACACAACACCAAUCUCGACAAUUAUCUUGAAGUGGAAGAGGACUGGAAAUACGUAGCCAUGGUUUUGGACCGACUCUUUCUUUGGAUUUUCACGUUUUCCUGUGUUAUCGGAAGUAUUCUCAUUAUAUUUCGGGCCCCUUCCCUAUAUGAUGAUACCGUUCCCAUUGAUGCCAAACUCUCUAAAUUGGCUUAACAUGUGUCUCACUUGUUAUCUAAUUUCUCUAUUUUUAUUAAUUAUAUCAUUAAGCAC